AGACCGGAAAUACAAGCAGAGACGCUGCAGCUGCGGCUUCGUCAUUUCACUUUUCAUUCAUUGCCGCCGAGGCCUGCGUCGCUUCUGAGGUAGAUUUUUUAAAUUUAAAGUCAUAUCACGAUCUUAAACUUGAUUUAAGAGUUAAAAAAGCUUGCCAAAAUUAUUUCAGACGUAACAUUUUCUUAUAAAUAUACGGAUCGGAAAUAUCCCGCAGGCGAACUUGUAGACUUUUAGCCAGUAUGCUAGGUGUCUAGCUAUCAGUUAGCUUUCUGAAAUCAAACACUUUUGAAAUAUAAUCCGCCUAGAAAGAUUUUUAAAAUACAUUUUAUUGGAGUUUAUCUGCAGUUUCUAUACGUUUAAGCUUGUGACUUUGUAUAAAUAAGGUCAAAAAUGUGCUAAAAUACUUAUUACGUCAGAGAUAGUUGAGGACGGUGUUAGCUAUCGUUAGCCUUUCUUAGUUUGUUUACGUUUUAGCUUGAGGUAACUUAAGACUGUGUGACUGGUUACAUCAGACUACGUCAGGUCACCUCAGACUGUGACAAAUAACUCAGUGACAAAUAUGUCAGCCUCUUCAAGCCUGCUUUAUUGUAGUGGGUAAAAAUUAGGACGAUUUUUAUGAAGAUACAGAUCUUUGUCACAAUUCAGCCCGGGAAAUGUUAGCUCAUUUAUGCUGGUGAUCACUGCAGCCUCUCUGUUGUCAUGCUUUGCUGUCCCUUGGCUUUUCAGACAGUAAACACCCACAUACAAACACCUUUCUAAUGUUGCUCCACUCCCUGUUCUUUUCUCUUUACCCGUGGCUGUAUGAUAGUUUGUACUCCUGUACCACAACAUUGUUGCACCGUAAUCUAUGCUUGUGAUGAUGUCAAAACUUAGGGCUAGUGGAAGAAAGGAAGGGUGUUUUUAAUUUACCAAACUGAAAAAGACAAGUCAGAUACAGCAGGGGGAACAUUACAAUUAAAGGAAUAUUCCGGGGUAACAUUAAUUUAGGGUCAAACACACCGUAACAUCGAGUUAGACACCCUGUAGAGACAUGUAUGUUGCUGACUGCUUGCUUCUCUAGUUAUACCAACUCUUGUAACGACCACAUGAUAGUUAUACACAACGGUUCCAGGAGCCACGUGCUCAACCAAAACGCCACUCUAUAGCCACAAGUAAUGCUCAGAACAGCACCUAACUCAACCAACAGUACAUGUAGGGUCCUAGCCAUAGUACUAGCCACCAAACAUCUUUUUAGGUUUGCACGUGGAGACCUAAACCGCUGUGUAUUAGUAUCAUGCGGUCGUUACUAAAGUUGGUAUAACUAGAGAAUCAAGCAGUCAGCAACAUUCAUCUCUCAAGGAGGUGUCUAACUCAGUGUUACGGUGUGUUUGCUCCUGUCUUAAAUUUACGCUGGAAUAUCCCUUUAUGUCUCAAUGAUUUGGAGGGGGGAUAUAUUUGAUAUAUCUUGUGUCUCUUUUAGGACAGACCAACCUUCACCAUGGUGAAAAUUUUCAUUGGCAACCUGGCCUGCAACGCCACAGCUGAUGAGCUGCGUGAACUCUUUGAGAAGUACGGCAAAGUGACAGAAUGCGACAUCGUGAAAAACUACGGUUUUGUACACAUGAGCAGCACGUCUGAGGCAGAAGAGGCCAUCCGCAACCUCCACCAACACCAGCUGCAUGGCUGGCGCAUGAAUGUGGAGAUGAGCAAAGGGAGGCCCAAGUCCACUACCAAGCUGCAUGUCAGCAACCUUGGCGACGACGUCACCUGUGACAUGCUCAGGGAAAAGUUUGCAGAGUUUGGCCCGGUUGUGGAGUGUGACAUAGUGAAGGACUACGCCUUUGUGCACAUGGAGCAAAUGGAGGAUGCCAUGGAGGCUAUCGAUAAGCUGGACAACAAGGCCUUUAAAGGUGAACUCUUGAGCAGGGGGAGCUAGUUGUUCUCUGCUGUUUGUAGUUCUGUCGCCAUAGCGCUCUCGUAGGAAGUGAAAACCACUAAAUGGUGAUUUUAAAGACCAGGUGGCCUGAAAAAAGUCACUUGUAAGUUUUUCCCUUGAUAAGCAAGUUGCAGUGUUACCGGUGAAUAAGCAAUGGCAUAAAGUCCCCCUUCACCUGCCGCGUCAGGUUAUCUCGCUUCGCUUUGAUAUUGUCCGUCAAAUGCAUUUGAGGUGUCUGAUAGUCGGUAAGAAGCUUUCCGUGUCAGAUUCCCUCGGUCUCAUGCGUGUCUUCUUUCUCCUCACAAGGCAAGCUGAUGAGCGUACAGCUGUCCACCAGUCGGCUCCGCACGGCCCCGGGAAUGGGAGAUCAUACCGGCUGCUAUGUCUGCGGGAAACAUGGUCAUUGGUCGAAAGACUGUCACGUCGGUCGGAACGGUAGCCACGGUGACGGCUCAAGAGGUCGCAGCAGCCGGGGCCCCCCACGCGGUCCCCCAAGUUAUGGCAGGGGCAGCUACGAGAUGGCCGCACCUCCAGCGGAUGAUUACAUGGGUGGCUCUGCGUAUAGUCGAGCUAGUUACGUAGGUGGGAUACCGCCCCCCCCUCGUAGGCUCAGCGGCUACGGCACCGAGCUGGGGGAUCAAUACAGGGCGGCACUCUCCUAUCCUGAGAGGUCAUCGGCUUAUGAUCGUGACCGCAUCUAUAGCAGUGUUGACUACUAUGAGAAGUACAGAGCUCGUCCUUAUGGCGCGAGCUAUUUCGAGGAUCGUCGCAUGUCCUAUAUCCCCCCUCCCCCUCCUCCCCCUUCCUCCCUUUCAAAGCUUUCCUCCAGUUUAGAUCCAUAUGACCGUCGGCCUCUGCCUCCUUCUUCAUCGGCCGCCACAGCAGCUGCUGCCGCUGCUUACUACGCACGAGACCGCAGCCCGAUCAGACGAGUACCUGUCCCCCCAUCGAGCUAUGGCUAUGAGCGAACACGCCUGUCUCCGGUGCCGACCUCCAGGAGCGCCUACCCUGCUCCACGGCCGAAGGACCAUUACGCGCCACGCUACGCGCCGUACUGAAGCCACAAUGCAAAGGUGAGGAAUGUGACGUGUUAAACAUGUCACUGUAAUUGAUCGCUGGGCAGAGGAUUGUGGGACGUUAGAAAUAUUUUUUUCCUGAUUGUACCAUGAAGGAUUUAUUGAACGUGAUAUAGCUGAUGUUUUAAGAUAGUUUGUACUGUUACUACUCUCAGUGGUGUGAUUCAAAAUAUAGAGAGGACUUGAAGAACAAAAGUUUUAUUGAUUUCUUUGCGAUGAUGAAUGAAAGUACAUGAGUGUAAAACUUCAGCCAGUUGAAUCUAUGGACAUUUUUUGGCAGUAUUUCCGCUGAGAAUUUCAGGACCCAGGACAUAGAAGGUUGUUAACGUAAUAAAUAAGGUUAAAAAGGCCUGAGUAAAACAUCCUUACAGAAAUAAUGAAGACAAAAAUGUGGACAGUGUGACCAUUGAUUUAGAAUUUGAUGCAGUCUACAUGUUUCUAAAAAGUCAUUUUAGAGGAACAACCUAACAGGUAAAAAGUCGUGCAAUGCUUAAAAAAACAGCUGGAUGGACAUUUCAAACUAAUGAGGUUAGUUUCCAACAGGUUAGUAACAUGACUGGGUAUAAAAAGGACAUUCAGAUAGGCUGAGUCUUUUAAACAAAAACUGGGAAGAGGUUCACCACUCUGUGAGAGACAGUGUUAGCCAAUACUUCACCAGUUUUAGAAUAAUGUUCCUGAGUGUCAAAUGUGAAAGAAUGAAUGGAUUUUAUCAUCUACAGAACAUAAUAUCAAUAAAAGAUUCAGAGAAUGUAGAGAAAUCUCUGUACUAAAGGGACACGGACCAAAAGCAAGACUGGAUGGUCCUGAUCUUCAGGCCCUCAGGCAGCACUGCAUUAAAAACAGACAGGACUCUGGAGUGGAAAUCACCGCAUGGGUUCAAAUUCACUUCAAAACCCUAUCAGCCUAUUAAUGAUCAGUCAGGACAUCUAAACACCUGUCCAUACUUUGGAAACGAAGUAAUAAAGGCUGUGCUAUGAGAAAUAGGUGGACUUGUUUUUAAAUGCCAGUGUUUGCUUUGUUUCCAGGUUUGUUGGUGAACAGCAGGACUCUUUCUUUUCCAUCAAAUCUUCAAGCUACAGGAUUCCAACAGAAAAGCAUAACAAUCCAGAAAUGAGAGAUUUAAUGCAAGAUCUUCAGGCGCCUGAGACCCUAGCUGUUGACAGAUAACUCGUCUCUCCAGUCAUGUCAUGGUUUGCAAACUGCAUUGACUCUUGUGAUGUAUAAAAACAAACAAUAAUUUUCUCACUUUUGCAGGUUUUAUCUCAGACUUAAGCAGCGGCUCUUGUGUUAUCUCUUACCCAUGCUUCUUCCUUACAUGAAGCAAAUUGUAAAAGUCAGAAAAGUAAAUUGGUCGGCUUCAUUUCGUCAUUUUUGGAAAAGUUUUGUCAAUACAUGUGAACAUUUAACUUGUUUUUCAUGCUGUUUUGAAUUGUCUUUGUAGAUCGGAGGUCAUCUUAGUCAGCAGUAGUAAUAAGAUGUUUCACAGAAAGAAUAAGAACAGAAUUAAUAACACAGAGAGCACAGUUUGGGUCUAAUGCCAGAAAAAUAACCUCAAACAUUCCAGCCUAAUUUGAACACUUAUCCAAAUCAUUUCAAGCUUACCCUUUUUAACACUUCUCCAUGUUUCCUCUGAGCUGAGGUAGUGAUUUUGGGGAUAAAAAGUGACAUGAAAGCAAGACUAUUUAAUGACCUGAGAAGUGAAACAACUCUUUAACAUUAGCAUUUUGUGUUUUCUUGCUUUGCCUUCAGCUGACCACAGAAAAUAUCCUGUCAUGUCUUAGUUUGAGUCUGGGAUGGGUGUUAAUGGUCUUUAAUGGUGUGAUGUUAGGCGGGACUCAGGGCUCGUUCUGUGUGAGUCAGGAGGCACCGGUUUUUGUUUAAAGGUGCCUUUAUUUGUUUGUUUUGCAAAUAUAAAGGUGGAUUUGAAGUUUGUAUUUUUCAUACUAGCUGUAAAGUACCAGCACACAUUAAGUAUCUCAAAUGGAAAAUGAUUUUUAAUAAAGCCAAAGUUAUUUUGGUGUGAACAGUCUUCGAUUUUUGUUUGAAAAUACACGUGAUUCUCUGUCCUUUUGUUUCAGUGUUACUUGAGUUCCAAUUUGACACAUUUAAAAAAAACAAAACAUUUCCUUUUAAGGAUGAAAACUGAUUUUAGAGCUUGUAAUUUAUAUUAAACUCCAUAAAGUCAGUCUUCUUUGACUCUAUUAUCUAUUCUGGAUAAAAUAUGAUGCAUUCUAAGUGACACUAUCUCUGUAUGUUUUAGUUUUUUAUUUAAAAUUCAGUUCAAGUUGUUAAAA